AUGGGAGAAUAUUCGAAAGCCCUUUUAUUUUACGAAAAAGCACUUGAAAUUCAACAAAAAACUCUUCCUCCAGAUCACCCUCAUUGGGCUGGUUCUUACAACAACAUCGGUGAAAUUUAUAGCCACAUGGGACAACACUCGAAAGCACUUUCCUUUUACGAAAAAGCAUUUGAAAUUGGGCAGAAAAGUCUUCCUCCAAAUCAUCCUGAUUUGGCUGCUAGCUACAUAAACAUCGGUGCGGUGUAUCACCGCAUGGGAGAAUACUCGAAAGCGCUUUCCUUUUGUAACAAAGCAUUUGAAAUUAAACAAAAAAGUCUUCCUCCAAAUCACCCUUCGUUCGUUUUUUCCUGCAACAACAUCGGUAAUGUGUAUCACGGUAUGAAGGAGUAUUCGAAAGCAGUUUCCUUUUACCAAAAAGCACUCGAAAUCGCCGAAAAAACGCUGCCUCCAAAUCAUCCUCAAUUGGCUGGUCCUUACAAUAACAUCGGUAAUAUUUAUAAGAACAUUGGAGAGUAUCCCAACGCACUUUCCUGUUACCAAAAAGCACUUGAAAUUCUACAAAAAACGCUGCCCUCAAAUCAUCCUGAUUUGGUUACUCCCUACCAGAACAUCGGUGACGUGUAUCGACAGAUGGGAGUACAUUUAAAGGCACUACCAUACUUAGAUAAAGCACUUGAAAUUGAACAAAAAAUGCUGCCUCCAAAUCAUCCUCAAUUGGCUCGUUCUUAUAGCAAUAUCGGCGCUAUUUAUGGGCAAACUGGAGAGUACUCAAAAGCACUUUCAUUUUCUGAAAAAGCGCUUGAAAUUCUACAAAAAGCAUUGCCUCCAAAUCACCCUGAUCUGGCUACUCCCUACAAUAACAUCGGUGCUUUCUAUGAGAACAUAGGAGAGUACUCGAAAGCACUUUCAUUUUCUGAAAAAGCACUUGAAAUUGAUAAAAAAUCUCUGUGUCCAAAUCAUCCUGAUUUGGUUACUUCAUACAGCAAUAUUGCUAGUCUAUAUUAUAAGAUGAAACGUUAUUCGGAAGCUCUAUCAUAUUUUGAACGUCUUCUGAACAUAUUACAGCGUGCAUUACCUCCAACUCAUCCUCAUAUAAUAAUUGUGAAAGAGACAAUUGAAUUUAUAAAAAUGAAAUUAUAA